AUGGCAAGCCUAGCUACUGGCGCGGACCUCAAUGGUCAUGAUGUGCGCCGGAGAAAUGUCCCCGAGUUGAAGCACAAUGGCCAUGCUUUGCAGGAGACCGAGGUGGAUGAUAAAAAGGCAAAGGGCAAGUCCAAUGCUCAGUGGCAGUCAAUCCUCCGGACUCUUGACGAAUAUGAAUUUAUCAUUGCUCCAAUCAUCUUCACGCUCCUCUCUUUUUUCACCCGUAUGUACAAGAUUAGCCAGUCUAACAUUGUCACCUGGGACGAGGCUCAUUUUGGAAAGUUCGGCUCUCACUACCUGAAACGAGAAUUCUACUUUGAUGUGCACCCUCCGCUUGGAAAGAUGCUUGUUGGUUUGUCUGGAUACAUGGCUGGUUACAAUGGCUCUUUUGAGUUCAAAUCUGGUGAUACCUACCCUGAGGAGGUGAACUAUGCCUUUAUGCGCAUUUUCAAUGCGACAUUUGGCGCGCUCUGCGUGCCAGUGGCGUACUUUACUGCUCGUGAACUCGAUUUGAAGAGGGCUGCUGUCUGGUUGGUGACGCUCAUGGUGCUCUUUGAGAACUCGUAUGCCACCAUUAGCCGAUUCAUCCUCCUCGAUUCUAUGCUUCUCUUCUUUACGUUUACGACUGUGCUUUGCUGGGCCCGUUUCCACAAGCUCCAGAAGCAGAGCUUCUCCAUCGAGUGGUGGACUUGGCUCUGCCUGACUGGUUUUUCCAUUGGCUGCGUCUGCAGUGUCAAAUGGGUUGGACUUUUCUGCACUGCCUUGGUCGGACUGUACACGGUCGAGGAUCUAUGGACCAAAUUUGGCGACGUCAAGAUGCCAAAGGUUGAACUUGCUUCUCAUUUGUUUGCUCGUGUUAUCGGCCUCAUUGUCAUUCCUACGCUUGUUUACAUGUUCUCUUUCUGGGUCCAUUUCCUCAUUCUGGAGAACAGCGGUCCUGGUGACGCUCAAAUGAGCUCAUUAUUCCAGGCAAACCUCAAGGGAACCGACGUUGGCAAGGACAGCCCGCUUGAGAUUGCCAUUGGAUCCCGCGCGACGUUGAAGAAUAUGGGUUACGGUGGUGGAUUGCUCCACUCUCACGUUCAGACUUUUCCCGAAGGUUCCCAGCAGCAGCAAGUUACUUGCUACCACCACAAGGAUGCCAACAAUGACUGGUUCUUUUAUCCGAACCGGUUCGAGCAAGACUACGACCCAGAGAGGCCGCUUCGAUUCAUUGCCGACGGCGAUACUAUUCGACUUAUCCACGCACAGACGGGCCGUAAUCUCCACUCGCAUCAGAUUGCCGCUCCCGAGACCAAGGCGGAUUACGAAGUGUCCGGUUAUGGAAACUUGACCAUUGGCGACGACAAGGAUCACUGGACAAUUGAGGUUGUCGAUGACGCUGCUUCGAGUGACCGGUCUAGAAUCCGGACAUUGACGACCUCGUUUCGUCUCAAGCAUAAUGCUCUUAACUGCUACCUGCGUGCCGGCAAUGUCAAUCUCCCACAAUGGGGUUUCAAGCAGAUUGAGACUACCUGCGUCAGGGAGAACAAGCCGCGUGAUGUCUAUACUCAUUGGAACGUGGAAAGCCACUGGAACGAGAGAUUGCCCGACGGUGACCCAGGAUCAUACAAGUCUCCAUUUUUGCGGGACUUUAUGCACCUCAACGUGGCCAUGAUGACGUCGAACAAUGCCCUCGUUCCCGAUCCCGACAAGCAGGACGACCUCGCCUCCAUGUUUUGGCAGUGGCCCAUUUUGCACGUCGGUCUCCGCAUGUGCAGCUGGGAUGACGGCGUCGUCAAGUACUUCCUCCUGGGCAACCCAGUCGUGUACUGGGGCUCGACCGCAGCGCUUGGCGCCGUCGGCCUUGUCGUGGCAUGGUACCUUCUCCGGUGGCAGCGCGGCUUCGAGGAGCUCAAACCCGCUGAAAUUGACCGCAUCCACUACUCGGGCCUGUACCCGCUGGCCGGCUGGGCGCUGCACUACCUCCCCUUUGUCGCCAUGGCCCGUGUCACCUAUGUCCACCACUACUACCCGGCUCUGUACUUUGCCAUUCUCUGCUUUGGCUUCUUUGUCGACCACGUCACGCGUCGGUCGCUCCUCCCGUCGUCCAACAAGGCGCUCAACACGUAUGCCUACUGGGCGACGUAUCUGGCCUUGUACGUCCUCGUCAUUGGCCUUUUCGCGCUCUUUUCUCCUAUUAGCUUCGGCAUGAAGGGGCCCAGUAGUCAGUGGAGAUAUCUCAAGUGGUUUGAUAGCUGGCGGAUUACUGAUUGA